AUGUCGACGACGAGACCAACUUCGCCGCCUGAACAUUCCACACCAUUAGCAAACGAGGGUUCAACACAUGCAUCACCAGCCGCGGUGGCCACCGACCUUGACCCAUUCAUUGUUGACGACGAUGCGCAUCAUGAUAUCCAUCCUCCUUCUCCUCCGCCGCCUGCGCAGAUACCCCACAACCUCGAUACACCCCCCUUCCCAACAUCUCCACGACUGGAUCCAUGGUCACCUCGAGAUUACUCUACCAUCUCGUCUCUGGCCGGCUCGCGAGAGCUCGGAAGACCAGCGCUGGAACCGACCACCAAGAUUUUUGCGGAAGGCGCAGCCACUUCAGCGCUUGCAAACGAAUCGUCCACAGGAUUCGUGCAGCCCGCGACCGUUGGCGAUGACCCCUUGAUUGAUCCCGUCGCCGUCGACGUCUCUUUCCAUGCCGAACCACAAGGGCUCAUGCAGAUGCUCAGUCUCGUCGGAAGCACCUUCUUUGACGCCGAUACGGACGGCUAUACCGAGGAUGAUGCAGAGGAUCUCGAGGAAGCGCAACAACCAGACAAGGCGGCUCCCGAGCUCCUUCAGGACUGCCAACAGCAAGAAGUCGCUCAAGCUGAGUCAACACUAGAAGGAGCACAGCCGGACCCAACGGAUCACGUCGAGUACCCUUUCGACCGCACAGUCAAGGGGCGCUUGCACUCUCUAGCACGCGACGACGGCUCGGAUGACGGCUCUACACCGCAAGGCAGCAGAUCGCCCUUGGAUGCGUCCGUCCUUACCAUCGGCCCCAACCACUCGAAGCGCACUUCGCUCACGCAGAGCGACAUCAUCUCGUCGUCACGGGACUCUGCAGCCACGAGAGCGGCUAGGAAACCAUUCAACCUCCGGUCGCAGCUCCACAAUGUUGCAACCGCUUCCAUGUUCGCCUCGACCUCCAAUGUGGUCAACCGCGGCCGUGAUCUGGAUGCGGUUCAGUUACGACGUGGCAGCAGUCCUUUCGAUUCGGACCCAACAGACGGCCAAGACGUGCCCGUGGCAGUGCAGCGUGUCUCGUUGCGGCUGCCAUCCCAAGCAGGCCAUUUGCCGAGUCGCAGCUUGGAUCUUUUAAUACGACCUUAUCUGGAAUCACAGCCCCCAGGCGAACUCGCAGCGGACAAGUCGGCCAUGCAUCGCGACCGUCUGCUUCGGCAGCUCAAGGAUGUUUUCCAACUCGACGCGACCGAGAUGCUGCUGCUUGCACAACCUUGUUGGCUCUUCCGAUCGCUCCUCCUGCAAGGCCACCUGUACCUCACAAGCGGUCAUGUGUGCUUCUAUGCCUACCUCCCUUCUCGCGACGAAAAGACGAUCAAGACGAGCUGGCUGCGCAAACGAACGCGCAGAACACAUCGCUUUAGCAAACAUUGGGCGUCGCUCAAAGCGGGAAAGCUCAGCUGGUUCGAUAGCGAUAGAGAUCCUUACUUUCCGCAGGGCCACAUCGACCUGCGCAAAGUGUCCGCCAUCGAGCGUUCCAACGCGCAUAAGGAUCGAUUCAAGGUGACCACACCUGCGCGGAGGUUCACGUUCCUCACAGAGGACGAACAAAGCCGCGAUGCCUGGGUCGAAGCCCUGCAAAAAGAGACUUUCCGCGCGCAGAACCAGGGCGAAAGCGUGCGUAUCAGCAUUCCGCUCGAGACGGUCAUGAACGUGGAUACCACAUUGUCUGUCGACGGCACAGAGAUGGUCUGCAUCACGGUCGUCGACGAGGCAGGCGACUUUUCGGUCGACGAGUACUACUUUUUGCACCUGACCAAGCCCACCGCCUUCAUUGCCGAGCUCGGCUCGCUCUUGGAGCAAAUGGGGACAGGCUCCGUGGCGUCUCUGCACAGCGGCGAAGCGGCUCUCCACCUUUCGAGGCUGAGCAUCCGCGACUCUACUGGGGCAACACAUGCGGCCGCAAUAUCGCGCAAGUCGCUCGAGGAAGUGCCCACACUUCCAAAAGUACGCGUCCCCGCGCAGCCCGACGAGGAGGCUGCGCACCCUGCUGAAGCGACAGAGUCGAACAUCCCGAAGGCUGGACCCACUGAUCCCGUCCCUGUAGAAGUUCCAAGGCGCGGCUCGAGCGGCAAUCCUGCAUCAGCCACAUUCACCGCAAGCUCCGCCGUUGCUGUGCCAAUCAGCAUCCGAAAGGAUUCACAAGAAGGAUCGACGGCGGAUGCGAUUCUGUCAACCACGCCACGAGCUACCACGCUCAAUCGUCUUUCCAUGGAGUCGACACACACCUACCCACCUUCACCGUCCGAGUCGGACCCCCCGACGUCAUUUGACCAGGCGCAGAGGGAAGCCGAACGAGGGUGGGCGAUACCGGAUUGGCUCAAGUCUGCGCCUGCUAAGGUCUUGGGUCGCGGAUCAGGCGGAAAAUCGGCAACUGUCCUCCAAUCGAAAGCACCGCCCACAGAAGCAUCUGUCAGGAGGCGACGCAAAGUACUCGAAAAGUGGUCCGACGACAAGGGCGACGAUCUGAGCAGAGGAGAGUCGAGCAACACAGACAACGAAGAAGAGCUCUUGUCGCACUCGAUCCAUUCGGCUCAGUCCAACUACUCGAUGCUCGAUGCAGAUGAUGAGGAAGCCGAGUCUGCCGACCAUGCCAGCGUCGCUGCAGAGUUUCGUGACACGUUUGGGAUCGGCGAGGACGAGAGUCUCGUAGGUCACGCUCACGCCUACCUGUACCGCGUUCUGCCGGUGGCCGGAAGGCUCUUUGUCGCUGAGCAUCACCUCGCGUUUCGAUCUUCUGGCAUCGCGGCCAAGACGGUGGGUCGAACACUCAUGCUCGUGCCUCUGCAAGACGUCAUCUCAGCUGCGAAGCAUGUCGCUUUUCGACCAGGCCACCACGGGUUGGUGAUCAAUAUCAGUGGACACGAGGAGCUGUUCAUCGAGAUCUCGUCGGUACACCGGCGGGAUGAGCUGCUUUCGCUGAUUGAGUACCAGCUGGAGCUGAUACGAGGCGGGCGAGGAAGCAUACAGUCGCGCGAAGCCGUCACUCGCGAAAGGUCGCAUGCGCUCGUGCUUCGAGACCUGAGCGAGAGGAUUAACGAUGCUCCUUCAACGGCAUCCAUGACUUCGUCGGCGGAUUCGUCCAUGCUCUCGCAGGCAGGAUCGCGGCUCGGCAGCAGAUCCAACAGUGUCUCGCAAAUGGGAGCAGGGUCCAGUCUCCUCUCCUUUUCUCCCGCUACGCUACUCACGUUCACCAUGCUGACCAUCGGGUCUCGAGGCGAUGUGCAGCCGUACAUUGCACUCGCGAAAGGUCUCCAGGCCGACGGACAUCGGGUGAGGAUUGCGACCCACGGCGAGUUUGGCGACUGGAUCCUGGGCCACGGCAUCGAGUUCAGCGAGAUCGGAGGCGACCCUGCGGAGUUGAUGCGCAUUUGUGUCGAGAACGGCACUUUCACCGUCUCGUUCCUGCGCGAAGGCGUGACCCGGUUCCGUGACUGGCUCGAUGAUCUCCUGGCCUCUGCUUGGCGUGCGUGUCAAGGGUCCGACGUGAUUAUCGAAUGUCCUAGCGCCAUUGCGGGUAUCCACGUCGCCGAAGCGCUGCAAGUGCCUUACUUUCGCGCCUUCACCAUGCCAUGGACGCGCACCCGCGCCUACCCACACGCGUUUGCCGUGCCCAACAAAAAGGCAGGCGGCAAUUACAACUACAUGUCGUACGUCAUCUUUGACCAAAUGUUCUGGCGCGCCUCAUCGUUCCAGAUCAACCGGUGGCGCAAAACCCUGCUCGGACUCAAACCGACGAGCUUCGACAAGCUCGAGCAGCACAAGGUGCCGUUCAUCUACAAUUUCAGUCCGAGUCUAGUGCCGCGGCCGCUGGACUGGUUCGAGUGGAUCCACGUGACGGGCUUUUGGUUCCUGGACAACCCGGAUAACCGCGGGAGCAAGGCGUGGGAGCCGCCGGGGGAGUUGGUGGCGUUUAUUCGCGGGGCGAGGGAGCGCGGGAGGAAGCUGGUGUAUAUCGGGUGGGGGUCGAUUGUGGUGCCUGAUGCGGCUGCUAUGACGCGGUGCGUGCUGCAGGCGGUGAGGAAGAGCGGGGUGUGUGCGAUUUUGAGUAAAGGUUGGAGUGAUCGGUUGUCUACCGAUCCGGCGGGGCGUGCGUCGGAGGCAGUGGUGAACGAAGAUGUGUUCCAGGUUUCCAGCGUGCCGCACGACUGGCUGUUCCCGCAGAUCGACGCUGCGUGCCACCACGGUGGUGCCGGCACGUUGGGCGCCAGCCUGCGCGCCGGGCUACCGACCGUUGUGAAACCGUACUUUGGAGACCAAUUCUUUUGGGGCCAGCAGAUCGAGAGCUUGGGCGUGGGCAGCUGUGUUCGCCAGCUCACGGCGGAUAGCCUCGCUGCAGCGCUCAUUACGGCGACGACGAACGUCAAACAGAUCCAACGCGCCCGAAAGCUGGGCGAGCAGAUCCGAAGCGAGGACGGCAUCGGCAAUGCGAUCAAGGCGAUCUAUAGGGAUUUGGACUAUGCGAGGAGUAGGGUGAAGCGCGAUACGAGAAUCGAAGUAAAAGAAGCCAAGGCGCGGCAAGGCGAUACGGCCAUGCCCCGUCCGCCGGCGAAGGAGGCUGAAGGGAGGCAAAGUGCGGAGGAGGACGAGGACGGGGAUGACGACGGAGGAAACACGUCGGACGAAUGGUCAGAUAUCGGUGGGGCGGCUUCGCCCAACCCGCACCGACCAGUCCCGAACUCGUCUGUCGUUCUCAGCUGA